ACCGCCCACGCAGGGCCAUGUCGGCGAGUGGUGCUGCCGAUGCUGGCCGCCCGUCCCCGCCGCCCGAGGUUUUCCGCUACUCGGACGCGGAGCUGCGGAGCGGCGGCGCCCCGGGGCGUCGCUUCGACGAGGCGCUGCUGCGGCUGUGGGACGCGCGCAUGGAGGCGGGGGCCUUCCGCUACGCGCUGCGUUCGCCGCUGCCCACGCGCCGCCUCCCGGGGCCCUUGGGCCUCCUCGUGCAGCUGAACCCCGAGCGGGCCGCCCUGCGCCGGCCCGCGCAGCACGCCCAGCGCCUGGACCAACCCUUCCAGCCGGAGCUGUUCAACUUCACGCGCGUCCCGCCCACCGAGAUCCUCCUGGAGAUGCGGCGCAGCGAGCCGCCCGAGUCGCCCGGCGACCUCGUGCUCAUCAACGCGAGCCCGCUCGAGCGCGGCCACGUGCUGCUCGUGCCGGCGCCCGGCCUGCGCCUCCCGCAAGCGCUGACCGAACGCGCCGCCCGGCUCGGCCUCGACGCGCUGCUGCUGAGCUCGCGCCGCGGCCUGCGCGUGGGUUUCAAUUCGCUGUGCGCCCUCGCCUCCGUCAACCACCUGCACCUGCACGCCUACUACCUGGAGCGCGCGCUGCUGGCGGAGUGGGCGCCGGCGGCGGCGGUGGAGGAGGGCGGCCCGCUGCACGCGCUGGGGCCGCCCUCCCAUCCGGCGCGGGGCUUCCUGCUGUACGAGGACGAGGCGAGCGCCGACGCGGCGGCGCGGCUGGCGCGCCGCCUGCACGCCGUCGCCUCCCGCCUGGCGCUUCGCGGCUACGCGCACAACGUGUUCGUGUGCCGGGGGGCGCCGCCCUGCGGAGGCGUCGCCGCGCCGACGAGCGGGGGGGUGCGCGCGUUGGUGUGGCCGCGCGAGCCGUGCCUCGGCGCCAAGGAGCUGGCGCCCCGGGCGGAGGAAGACGGCGGCGGCGGCGGCGGCGGCGCGCGGUUCAACGUGGCGCUGUGCGAGCUGGCGGGGCACGUGCCGCUGGCGAGCCGCCGCCUCUUCGAGACGAUCACCGAGGCGCAGGCGGCCGGCGUCAUAGGCGGACACUCGCUCGCCGAGCAGCCGUUCCGAGCGCUGGCCCGCGAGCUGGCGGCGCUGGUCCGGGAAGACGCCGCGGGGACCGGGGACGACCGCUGCGGAACGUGCGGCGCUAGCGGCGGGGAGAGUGCAGCGUGCGAACCUUGAGUCGUGUUCUGUGUUCUGUGGCAAUUAAUCGUGGACAUAAACUUGUGAUGAGCUGUGCAGGAGCGUGCUGGGUAAUGACAGAUGUAAAUAAACGUUGCGUUUCACGACGCACCAACACAAC